UUACGUAAUGUUGUUAGCAGGGAAAAUGUUUUUGUGGACAGUAUUACUUCUUCAGACACUUAAAGAAAAUGAUUCACACAUUUGUUUUGUUCUGGUUGUGCUUCUGUCAUCUGUUUGGUGUGUUUGGUGAGACAGUGUUAGUGAUGGAGGGAGAUACUGUCACUCUAAACACUGAUCUUACUGAAAUACCUGCACAUGAUGACAUACUGUGGAAAUAUGGAGCUGAAAAAUCUCUGAUAGCUGAAAUCAAUAAAGCUGUUGGAGUCUUCUACACAUUUGAUGUUCCUGACGGGAGAUUCAGAGACAGACUGAAGCUGGACAGACAGACUGGAUCUCUGACCAUCACAAACAUCACAACUCAACACGCUGGAGAAUAUCAACUAGAGCUGCGUGGAGCAAAACUAUCAUCACAAACAUAUCAUGUUUCUGUCUAUGCUCAUCUGCCUGUUCCUGUCAUCAGCAGAAACUCUUCUAACUGUUCAUCAUCAUCAUCUUCAUCAUCUUCAUCAGAGCAGAAUUGUUCACUGGUGUGUUCAGUGGUGAAUAUGAGUCAUGUGACUCUCUCCUGGUACAAAGGAAACAGUUUAUUGUCCAGCAUCAGUGUGUCUGAUCUCAGCAUCAGUCUCUCUCUACCUCUGGAGGUGGAAUAUCAGGAGAAAAACAGCUACAGCUGUGUGAUCAACAAUCCCAUCACAAACCAGACCACACAUCUGGACAUCAGCAAACUCUGCAGCAACCAGACUCAACAUCUGGACAUCAGUCAGCACUGUCACACAUGUGCAGCAUCUAAAACAGUGCUGAUCUCUUCUUCUGCUGCUGCUGCUGGAUCUCUGCUGAUUGUUGCUGCAGUCGGGAUCUUUUGUAUUUGCAGGAAAUGUAGACAAACAGACAAAGAAGUUGAGACUAAUGAAGAUGAGGUGACUUACAUUGAGCCUACAUUCUACAAAAGAAAGCCACAGAAACUGUAUGUUAAAGAGGAUGAUCAUGUGGAAUAUGCACCUAUCAACAGAGGAGAUGAUCAGACACGUAUCAGACCCGCUUUGUGACUUUCACAGGAAGCUUUUGUGACUACCUCAGAGACUGUCUUUCAUCUGAGCUAGUUUAAAACUGUAAUAGAAAUACAUUUUAACAAAUAACUUUAAUCUUUUGGCACACUGGAACAUAUUCAUGCUUGACUCUUAUAGACUCUUAAAGAAUGUUUUUUAAAAAAAUCCUCAAAAAAAAACAAAAAACAUUUUGCAUCUGAUUUAUGACAUCUUCUGGUGGACAAACAGUUGUGCUUGAACAUUGCUGAAUGUUUGCGGUUGACAUUUAACACAGACACUGCUAAGGCGUCAUUAGCGUGUGGUUAAAUGCCUUUUUCCAUUUCCAUUUCAUAUGAAACUCAGUCCAACUUUAGCAUGAACUAACCACUUUACCAUGAAAUCCUGAAUCUAACAGAUACACGACUAUCUCAGAUAAAACAGUAUGUGAUAAAAUAUCAGUCAAUUCGAGUGAAGUCAGAUUUAUUACUAUAGCGCUUUUUUCAAUGGCAAUUGUUUCAAAGCAGCUUUACAGAAAACUAUGAUGUUAAAGUUUAUAAUAUCUUAAUGUCUCAGUAAUAUUUUUCAGAUUUGAGCCAGGAGAUAAUCUAAAUGUUUGCAUUGAUGAGUUUUGAUAGAUACUGACCUACACAAGUAAACUGUAGCCUAUGUAUGUGCUAUUCUCCAAUAUAAAGAGCUUAUAGUCAAAUCAGUCAGUUAUUUCUGAAAACUACUGAUGUUCUUCAUAUCAAGCCCAAAACAGUUCAUAACCUGUUUUUGCCAUCAGUGCCAUUUUUGCCAUUUUCACUUUUCGGGGUAAUUAACGGCUAACAACACUCAAGGGCUAACAAUAAAUAAAUAAAUAAAUAUGUAUAUUUGCCAGUAGUAUAACAGUGCUGCCAAUCAAAAGCAAAAUGCAACAGCAACACAUUUUGCCAAGGCAGACACUUUUUAAACUUUGUAUGCCGUUCUUUCUGAGCGCCAUCUAGUGUCUAGUCCGCAUCCAGUGUUGUGAUACUGCUAAAGCUGUGAUCCGAUUGGUCGUCACUGCUCUGGUGGGCGUGGCUGCUGCAGCUGCUGCACUUCUUCUAGGCAAUGACGUCAGAUCUGCUAGAUUCUUUUAUAUAGCCUUUUUGCUUUUGACUUAUGUAUUUUGAAGUACUUCUCCCCUCUUUGUUUUUUGUUUUGUUUUAAUUUCUGCUUGGUUAGUACAUUUUGUAUAUUGACAACAUUUGUAUAUAUAUGCAUGUAUAUAUGUAUGUGUAUGCUCUUUUUAUUAAAUAAAAUAUUGUUGUUUUAUUUUUUUGUCAAUAAAAAAAUUGG